GCACAACCAGCCAGACAUUGAUUGCAGCAGAAGACAGUGAUUGUGACUGAGGCUGUGGAAGAAUACAGAAACAUCAGAAAGAGAGAGAGACUUGCUCCUGCAUGUAGGCGGCGCCUCAGACUGAAUUCCUGGUUGUUUAUGAGUGUUACGUAACCCUUGUGCUGUUACAACUCUAACUUAUUUCAACACAGCAGUUUGCUCUCUUUACUGAAAGCAGUUUGAUCCUCUGUAUGGUUUGCUUCAGCAUCAUGGGAAUGUUGGAUAUUUUGCUCCAGGACUCCAUUUCUUUCUCUCUGUUUGUGGGUCUUAUCGUUCUUCUGCUGAUUUAUUUCACUGUCUCAUCAAUAUUCAGAUCCCAAUGGCAGAAAAACGAGCCACCAGGACCCAGACCGCUUCCCUUCCUUGGGAAUCUGCUGCAGAUUGACUUGAAGAAACCCUACAAAACACUAAUGGAGUUCUACAAGAAAUAUGGGCCAGUUUUCACUGUUCAUCUGGGUCCUAAAAAAGUGGUGGUCCUGGCAGGAUACAGGACAGUGAAGGAGGCGCUGGUUAACCACGACGAUGUGUUUGGAGAAAGAGAUCCAAUGCUGAUUUUUCAAGAACUCAGUCAAGGACAUGGCAUAAUCUGGACCAAUGGAGAUCCUUGGAAAGAAAUGCGCCGCUUCUCUUUGACCAACCUACGAGACUUUGGGAUGGGGAAGAAGGCCUGUGAGGAUAAAAUCAUUGAAGAAUCUCAACACCUCACUGAAGUGUUCAAAAAACAAAAAGGAAAGGCGUGUGAUACAACCCAGUCCAUAUGCUACGCAGUCUCCAACAUCAUCUGCUCCAUGGUAUAUGGCGGUAGAUUUGAAUAUGAUGAUCCAGAGUUUACAUCUAUGGCAAACAGAAUAACUAAAGGUGCAAUCAUUUUUGGCUCUCCCUCAAUACAAGCCUACAAUCUCUUCCCCACACUUUUCAAAAGGAUUGCCAACAGAAGGACCAUUCUGGGGAUGAAUGCUGCCAGUCAAAAACAAAACUCUGCCAUCUUCAGCCAUUUAAAACAAACCCUCAACCCACAGAUGUGCAGAGGGUUGGUGGACGCCUUUCUGGUUCAGAAGCAGAAACUGAAGGAAGCUGGAGUAAUCAACAGUCAGUUCCAUGAUGACAACCUUCUCACAACCGUUUUAAACCUGUUUGCUGCUGGUACUGAGACCACCUCCACUACGCUGAGGUGGGGGCUCCUGUUCAUGGCCAAGUUCCCACAGAUACAGGACAAAGUUCAGGAAGAGCUGAGACGAGUCAUAGGAGAGCGUCAGGUUCAGGUGGCAGACAGGAAAAGCCUUCCUUACACCGACGCCGUCAUUCACGAAACCCAGAGGAUGGCAAGCAUCAUUCCAAUGUCACUUCCACACAAAACCACUCGGGACGUCACAUUCCAGGGUCAUUUCAUCAAGAAGGGAACUGCAGUUUAUCCUCUGCUGAUGUCUGUCCUCUAUGAUGAGAGUCAGUGGGAAAAACCUCACACCUUUUACCCUCCACACUUCCUGGACAAAGAUGGAAAGUUUAUCAAGCGAGAUGCUUUCAUCCCAUUUUCUGCAGGUCGCAGGAUUUGUCUUGGAGAGAGUCUGGCCAGGAUGGAGCUCUUUAUUUUCUUCUCCACCCUCCUGCAGCACUUCCAUUUCUCUCCUCCACCUGGAGUUUCGGAGGAUGAAUUAGAUCUGACGCCGCAGAUGGGCCUCACGCUCACACCUUUACCUCAUGAACUCUGUGCUGCUUCCCACAUGUGACAAAGUAAACAUGUCUCAAUGUGUGGAGGCUGUGAUGCAAAGAUUAUCAAGAAACUACAUAAAAUGAACAUUUUAUUCCUAUGUGUAAUCAUCAAACUGUGACAAAAGUGUAUUGAACACCACCCACCAAUCAUACACCAAAAAACAUGACCGGUCCUGUCAUCAUAUGAACAAAUCAAUCAUUGUGAUUGUGUUGAGCUGUCAUUGUUUCAGACAGAAUAUGACCUCACUGUGAAAUCAUAAUGAUAGAAGCCCAGAUCUACCACACCAGGCUCAGACUGUGCAAAGACAGCAUCUCACAGCAGGAAAGGAAUAUAUGCAACACCAUAACUUAUAACAUUUCUUCAAUUUCCUGAGGGAGUCUUCCCAAGGGAUCAAUAAAGUAUGAGUCUAAGUCUAAGUCUAAAUCAUGUGGCUUUUUUGUUUUCAGGGUUUCACACAUUCAUAGAUAUUUUUGCUGACAUCAUGAAAAUCUCAGGCUCACUUUGUUUACCAAAGUGAGCCUUUGUGAUGAAAGUGAGGGGCAGAAACCGCGCACCUUCCACCCUUCCCACUUUCUUAGUUUGUGACGCAAGAUGCCUUCA